AUGUCUACCACGGUCCACAACACGAACGAGGCAUGCUGCACAAUCCCUCCCGUUCUCUCUGAAUAUGCGCCCAAGGGUGCUAUCAAGCCCUAUGCUGGCUUCCAGAAAGUCUAUAUCACUGGCCCGUCGACCAGCGAGAACGCUAUCGUAGCUAUCUUUGAUAUCUUUGGAUUCUUUCCUCAGACCCAGCAGGGUGCUGACAUCCUGGCUUCCACUCUGAACACUACAGUCUAUAUGCCUGACUUCUUUGAGCCUGAUUCCGCUUUCGACCUCGCCAGAUUUCCCCCAAAGACUGCCGAGGACAAGGCGGAAAUUCAGGCGUUCUUCGGGAGCACCGCCAGCCCUUCUGCUGCCAUAACCAAACUCAAGGCUUUUGGUGAGGCGCUCAAGAGCAAUGGUGUUAAACGGGUUGGUGUUUAUGGGAUGUGCUGGGGCGGCAAGGUAGCUAUAGCCUCCGGUGGAGAAGGUACUCCCUUCCAUGCAGUAUCUCUCCUCCAUCCCGCGAUGCUCUCUGCCGAAGAUGCUGAGAAGUUGACUGUACCUCUUGCGAUUUAUGUAUCUCACGACGAACCGGUUGUCGAGUACCAGAAAAUUGUCGAUAUCAUCUCCAAGAAGUCAUUCGCUGACAAAAAUGACGCCAAGAAUUACGAUAAUAUGUUCCACGGUUGGGCCGCAGCUCGCAGCAAUCUCAAAAACGAGGAAAACAGGAAGGAAUUUGAGGAUGUGUACGGAAGACUUGCUACUUUCUUCCGACGUACUCUGGUUUGA